CUGUGCGCAUGCUCCCGCCCCGGGCACAUUAUAAGGCAGGGGCGAUAGCUUCGGCGGGCAGAGCUGUGCGGGUUCUUUGAAGGGCACGGGGCGCCGGGCGCUCGGGGCUGCUGCUACCGCUGCUGCCGCUUGGGGAAGGACGGAGCGAGCGAGUGACGUGAGUCGAGCCUGGAGCCGGGGCCCAGCGGAGCGCGAGCCCUCCCCUCACACCCACGCCCGCCCUCUCUCCGGAUCCGGGCACAUAACGACUUUCAGCUAGAGCAUGGAUACUGUCCCCGACCACCCCUGUGGACUGUCCACUGCUGAAAAUGUACAGCAGGCAUGGAGAUCACUCACACGCUGAAGACUGUCCCUGCUAGAAACUGUUCUCUUCCCCUUAUCUUUGAAAUCCAUCUUUAGUUAAGAUGGCACCAGCAAUUGGAGGUCCCCAGGGGUAUACCCCACCAGAAGGAGGCUGGGGAUGGGUCGUGGUUAUUGGAGCUUUCAUCUCUAUUGGCUUCUCUUACGCAUUUGCCAAAUCAAUUACUGUUUUCUUCAAAGAGAUUGAAGUCAUCUUCAAUGCCACUUCUAGUGAAGUCUCAUGGAUAUCUUCCAUCAUGUUGGCUGUUACAUAUGGAGGAGGUCCCAUUAGCAGUGUCCUGGUGAAUAAGUAUGGCAGCCGGCCAGUAAUGAUGUUUGGUGGCUUCCUGUCAGGAUGUGGUUUGAUCGCUGCUUCAUUUUGUAACACUGUGCAAGAGCUGUACUUUUGUGUUGGAGUCAUUGGUGGUCUCGGACUCUCCUUCAACUUAAAUCCAGCUUUAACCAUGAUCGGCAGAUAUUUCUUCAAAAAGCGUCCAUUGGCAAAUGGGUUAGCCAUGGCAGGGAGUCCUGUGUUUCUGUCUACCCUGGCACCUGUAAAUCAGAUUUUCUUUGAUAUCUUUGGCUGGAGAGGCAGCUUCUUAAUUCUUGGGGGUUUGCUACUAAACUGCUGUGUGGCCGGAUCUCUCAUGCGACCUAUAGGACCCAAACCAGGGGCAGUCACAAAAGAAGUAUCUAAAGAAGCCCUGCAGGAAAUAGGGAAGCUGGACUCCAAAAAAGGUGCUGGUGAUGCCAACACAGAUCUCAUUGCUGGAAACAGCAAGCCGCAGAAGCGUUCUUUCUUCCAGACAAUUAAUAAGUUCCUAGAUUUUUCCCUGUUCAAGCAUAGAGGCUUUUUACUGUACAUCUCUGGCAAUGUGUUCAUGUUUUUUGGAUUAUUUACUCCCUUAGUUUUUCUUAGUAAUUAUGCCAAGAGUAAGCAUAUAGCUAAAGAGUCUGCCGCUUUUCUGCUCUCCAUUUUAGCUUUUGUUGACAUGGUAGCCAGACCCUCUAUGGGACUUGUAGCCAACACAAAAUGGGUGAGACCUCGAGUGCAGUAUUAUUUUGCUCUUUCAAUAAUCUCUAAUGGCAUAUGCCACCUAUUGGCACCUUUAUCCACCGAUUAUGUCGGGUUUUGUGUCUACGCGGCAUUCUUUGGAUUUGCAUUUGGCUGGCUCAGCUCAGUGUUGUUUGAAACACUAAUGGACCUUGUUGGAACCCAGAGAUUCUCCAGUGCCGUGGGUUUGUUGACGAUCAUGGAGUGUGGUCCCGUCCUUCUGGGGCCACCGCUUUUAGGUCGUCUCAAUGAUAUGUAUGGAGACUAUAAAUACACGUACUGGGCGUGUGGCGUCAUCCUGGUUGUGUCAGGUAUCUACCUCUUUAUUGGCAUGGGCAUCAAUUACCGCCUUUUGGCAAAAGAACAGAAAGCAGAGGAGGAAUUGAAAAAGGAAGGAAGAGAGGAAGAAACCAACAUAGAUAACAUUGAGAAGCAGAAAGAAGCCAAUAAGGCUGUGGAGUCUGCCCAGCAAAAACCUCCAGAAGAAGGCCCCAAAGAGGAGGAAAAUCGUAUUUAAGACUGCUGCACUGCAGAGGUGGGGAGAUAGAGGGGAGAGCUGAAAAUGGUCUCCUGGCCGACUGGGUACCAGUGGUGCUUAAUGCAGAAAAGGGUAUUUCUGUGCAAAAUUGAACCAGGUGUUCCAUGGAAUUUUUCAAUUUUGAGUUUUUUCCUUUUAUAUUUAAUAUCAUUACAAACUAAAUCUGCCAUAUUUUGGAGAGGAGUAAGGAUGAAGGAAAGGAAUUAGUUUUUAUAUAUUGAAUUUUAAUAGUGACUUGAAGAAACUUAUGUGCCUUAAAUGUUUGUCUGUAGACCUCCUCAUAAAAGCCUUAACUUUUAAAAUAGUUUAGUUUUGUUUUGUCUUUAAAAUUAUCUCAUUUUUAAAAAAUCAGGCAGCAAACAUACCUGGAAGAAAAAUACACAAAACCCCACGUGAUGAUUAAGGCAGCAGGCCCAGUGUUGAUCCUAGUCUGAAACUAACUCUGCCUGCUUCAUGGUACUUUUGUCAUGUCCUGCUGUGGCACAUUAUCCCAGGGAGCUGUGUUGGAAGGACUGACUAAGAGCUUUGAAGUUAUCUUUUACUGUUAACAUUUUUCUUUGUGUAAUUUUGCCUCCCAUCCACAUUUUCUAACCGUGUCUCUGUGUGAGUCAGAAUAUAAUUGUAAAAAAACCAUUUUUUCCUUUAAUAUGACUUACUCUCAGUACUCCAAAUUUUUUUUAUUAUUAUUUUUCCCUGGGAUAAUAAUUGGAAGUUAAAAAUGCUCAUGGGAGGUUUUUUUUUAACACUUUUAUUAAAAUUCACUGGUUUUUUUUAAAGUGUAAAGUGGGUACUUCUAACUCUUUAUUGUACAUUAACCCCACUUUUGAGAUAAUUUGGUUUAUUUCUCUUUUUUUUAAUAUUAGAAAGUAGAGUGUUGUUGUUUUUUUUUAAACAAGUCUGUCUUUGGGCUGCCUUAGUAAACAUCCUGAAUUCCAUUAAAUGUAGAGUAGCAUUUGAAGGAAUGACUGAAUUUAGCUCAGGUGUCCCGUCCCCCCCCCC